CGUUCCCGCGGCAGACUUCACUCCGGUGCGAGCGUACGAAGGCAGUGGGUACGCGCGGCUCCAGCUCCGCUCCCGGUUCCACGCCGUUUCGUUCCACGCGAUUACGCGCGCGCGCGCGUGUGUGCGUGCGCGUCCAGCGGAUCUGCCCGGGGGAAGGGAAAGACGGUCGCAGUCGUCGCGCGCGGCAGUGGUGCGUUGCGUGCGGCGGUCGUCGGUCGUCGCCGAGCCGGUGAGACGAAACGGAGCGGCAAUCGCGUGCGGCAUGUUCGCCAGGCGUUGAACCGCGCGGCGCGACACACACGCUCUCUUUCUCUCCGUCGCGUACGCGAGGAACGGCCGUACGCGCGAUCGGGUGACGGCCGCUCGGUGUGUGCGCGAGUGCGUGCGUGCGUGCGUGCGUAUGCGCGCGCGAAACCGGACCUCGCCGACACCGAUUUCCCUGGUUCCCUCCUGCCGCCGCUGUUGACAUCCGCCGUCCGGCGAACGAGAGGAUAAAGAGGUGGAACGAGGAAGAGAGAAAGAAACAUGUACUCCGACGGCCACGAGGUGGACGGCAGCUGGGUGCUGCGCGUCUUCGUGACGGAUCUGCAGGUCGAGAGGAGCCUACGCGUCAAGGGCGAGCUGCACAUCGGCGGUGUCAUGCUGCGCCUCGUGGAGGAUCUCGACAUCGCCAUGGACUGGUCGGACCACGCGCUUUGGUGGCCAGAACGGAAUCACUGGCUGACGAGAACACGCAGCACCCUGGACCAGUACGGCGUGGCGGCGGACGCGCUGCUGCAUUUCACGCCGAUGCACAAGACCCUGAGGGUGCAACUGCCGGACAUGCGGUGCCUCGAUUGCCGCGUCGACUUCUCCGUCAAGACGUUCAACGCGGUCAUCAAUUUGUGCAAGGAACUCGGCAUUAGACACCCGGAGGAGCUCUCGUUCUGCAAGCCGCUCGAGCCGAAUCACCUCAAGUACAAUCUGAAGGAUCUGCCGGUGAAGAAGAAAAUCGAGAACCAGAAGAACGGGCACUGGAACGUGCCGGCCGACACGAAUACCUUCAUCCCAGCCAGCCAGAGUCCCAGGGGAUCCACGGGAAGCUUAGAUCAAUCGAGCCCAUUCAUGUGCGCGCCGGUUACGCCUAACAACAGAAAUCACAGCACGCCGAUCAGCUCUCCCGUCUCGCAUACCGGCACGUGGAAGAGGAACAACAACUCCUCCGGCUUCGGCAGCACCGGCUCCUUCAACGCGAACAACAGCACUAUGAGCCUCGAGGCGUUGAACGGCGGGCUGACGGAGUCCCUGGCGCAGAGCCCGACGUCGAUCUCGCCGGAGGUGCGGGUGAAGCUGAUCAAGCCGAAGAGCCUGAUCGAGAGGGCGAGAAUGAACGUCGCCUGGCUGGACUCCUCCCUGUCGAUCAUGGAGCAGGGUAUCCGCGAAUUCGACACGCUCAGAAUCAAGUUCAAAUUCUACUCCUUCUACGACCUGAACCCGAAGACCGACGCGGUGCGCAUCAACAUGAUUUACGAGCAAGCCAAGUGGCAACUGCUCGCGGAGGAGAUCGACUGCACCGAGGAGGAGAUGCUGAUGUUCGCGGCUCUACAGGUACAAGUGAAUCUUCAGGCGAGCGUGCCGCAGCCCACGUACGACAGCAACGGAGCGACUUCCCCGGUCGAGGAUGAUAUCGACGCGGCCUUGACGGAUCUGCAGGUGACCCUGGAGGGCAGCAACAUCAGCAACGGGCCCAGCGACAUUACGCAGGUGCCCGAGCUCUGCGACGAGCUGCGUUUCUUCAAGCCGAAGCGGUUCACGUUGAAGGCCUUCAAGCGUUAUUGGUUCACGUGCCGCGAUCUCCAGCUCAGACUCUACAAGAGCAGGGAGGAGACGGGCGGCGCGGAGUCGCCGGUCUACGUGAUCAAUUUGCGCGGCUGCGAGGUCACGCCGGACGUACAUCUGUCGCAAGGUCGCUACGGGAUCAGACUGGAGGUACCCAGCGCCGAAGGCAUGACCGAGAUGUGGAUACGAUGCGACAACGAACAGCAAUACGCCAAGUGGAUGGCCGCGUGCAGAUUAGCGGCCAAAGGUCGUACCCUCGCCGACGCGUCCUACGAGAGCGAAGUCAACAGUAUCGCAGCUUUCCUGCAGCUGCAGAGGCCCGCGCCCGCGCCGGCCAUCAAUCCGAGCGCGCUGGACAUCGUACCGGAAGACUAUGUCGCGCCUAGAUUCGCCAAGAAGUUCAAGGGAAAGUUGGUUCAGAGGAUCCUGGAAGCACACGCGAACGUUAAAGAUCUGUCCCUCGUCGAGGCGAAGCUGAACUAUAUCAAGGCCUGGCAGUCCCUGCCGGAAUACGGUAUCUCACUUUUCAUCGUGCGAUUUACCGGCAAGAGCAAGGACGAGCUGCUAGGUAUCGCGAAUAACAGGUUAAUGCGGAUGGACCUUCACAGCGGCGAUCAUCUAAAGACUUGGAGGUAUAAUACUAUGAAGGCGUGGAACGUUAACUGGGAAGUAAAGCACAUGAUGGUGCAAUUCGAGGAAGAGAGUAUCAUUUUUGAAUGUCAGUCAGCGGACUGCAAGGUUGUCCACGAAUUCAUAGGAGGCUACAUCUUCCUAUCAAUGCGCUCGAAGGAGGCGAAUCAAACGUUGAACGAGGAGAUGUUCCACAAGCUGACCGGUGGAUGGGUUUAAUCCAGUACUGGCAAAGGGUGUAUAAAACCGAAACGGGUUCUAACAUAUUCUGAGAAGCGAUGAUACGAUGCGCUCCCACGCAUUACCUGCGUCGCGCUCGUUGCGUGCCUGUUAAAGCACCGACUGUUUUUGCAUGCUGGUUGACACUUGUAAAAAUACUUAAAUCUGGUCGUAUUUAUCAUGUUUUAACAUUGUAUGCUGUAAAUAGAAUAUCGUGGCCCUUCUACGCGCGAGCGGAAGAGUUUUAGUGACUACAUUAAUUUUUAUUCGACAGGAGGCUACUUCAGAAAAAUAUUAUACCGACAUAUUUGCCUUGUUUUUAAGGUCCUAAUAAUAAUCGUUGACAAUCGUCACAAUUACGGUCUUCUUUCUACGAAAAAAAUGAUCUGUUUUACAUUAUUUACAACUGUUUUAUAAAUAAACGUCUGCGAAACUAUUUUAUAAAAAUGGAAAUAUACAACAACACGGAAUACUUUUAUACGAAACUUUUUCUACUUGAAAGAAUCUAUCAUUGAAUACACAAUACUGAAUUUUGGGAACAAACAUGUCAAACCCGCGCAAGCAAAAGCCUACGAAACAUAUCGCGGUACAUUAGACAACAAAGAAAUUUCGAUAAGAAAUUCUUGAAAAGAAAGUAAGCAUAAAAUCACUCGUGGUUUAUAUACUACGAUUGCCCCGAAAGAUUUAAUCUGAAAAUUAUUUUCAAUGCGCGAUUUCUUUUUUAUCGCACGAGAGACCAAAUUCUUGUAAUCCCCCCCUCUCAUAAUUGCAUGUCAGUGUCCUCUUUAGUGUCACAAGGUGCUAUACUAACCGAGCUCGACUUCACAACGCAAGAGAUCGAAUCGUGUAAAUUAUUUGUUAUUUUAAUGUAAAUUAGACGUAGAAGAAAUAUAUCACUUAUACCGUUAUAUAUUACAUUCACAGGAGAUACGCCGUUAUAUAUGUAACCAAAAAAAAAGAUUAUAGUUUUGUAUAUUAAUAGACAGUAACUGUAUAAUAAACUUAUUAAUGUA